AUGGGCCGACAUUUCGGUGCAAUUACUUGUGAUUCGUGUAAAUCAUUCUUCAGGAGAACUGCUUUUGUAAAACAGUUAUUUGAAUGUCCAUCUGAUGGCAGAUGUAAUAUAACGGCCGAUACAAGAAAGUCGUGUCAAAAAUGUAGACUUAAAAAGUGUUUUGACGCCGGAAUGAGAAAAGUAUUAAGAGUUAAUUAAAACUGCAUAUAAAACUAAAAAUACAAAACAAUUUGAAAACAAACAAAAUAUUCAUC